CUUUCUGUUGGACAAGUAUCAGGUUCAGUAUCGUGCAGCGAAGAGCAUACUUGGUGGGGUGCGGCGCUCCGCUGACUGCAGGCUGCCCCAUAUCAGCUUCAUUGUGUCAGUGCACUUUCAACUUGAUCAUCCCUGAGAAAAUGACUGCGUUAAAGUCGGAGAUGAGGGAUUACAGAGUGCAAGAAGCGCAGAAGUCCGAAGCAGAGAAAGGCUUGAUGACGUCAGUGUGCGACUUGCAACGAUUCCCGGCGAUAAUGUCCUAUGAACUGUUCUCCAGGGAAACAACUUUGAAGGGCGUGCGGACAAAAAAUUCGGAAACUGCUGAGAAGGAGAAGCGAAGCUGGCCACUUUUCGGAUGGCACUCCAUGCCGGAUGAAGCUAUCAGACUGGGAAACCCUUUCUCAUGCCCAGAGAAACAAGCUAAGGAAGCAGAGAAGGAGCUCCCGCUGGAAAGAAAAAGAGCAGCCAGGCCGAGCAGGGUCAUCAAGGACAUUUGUCUUUGUCCCAACAAUCAUGACGAUGAUGGGGCUCAGUGCAGUCGUACUGAGUGGAUAUGCGAGACAAUCAGCUUGGCUCGGGCCAUUGACAACUUGCGAAGGGGUAGAGGUGAUUUGUUCGAUGUUUACGUGGAAAAGUUUCCCCAGCUGAAGGAUUAUGUGGAACCUAUUUCAGGCACUGCAAUAGCGAACGACCAAGUUUCGCAACAAAACUGGGCAACGCUGCUUACUGCAGUUGGUUCGGGCAGUCGGAAAGGUUUGAAUUUCGACCUCAACCUACCUGCUGCAGACGAAGGCGAUGAGCUUUGACAUGCUCAGGGUCUG